AGAGGACCGACCCUUUUCCUGGGCUCGGUGGAAAGUGAAACACAACAUUGCCAGCAAUAGGCCCGCCUGCGCAUCUCUCGUGCACACCGGCCUGACUGACUAGCGCCGGACUGGUCAAUCGGGCUCAAUUGCCGUAGGAACUUGUUGGUUAGGGAGCAGGAAGGGCCGAUUGCGCUCGGGGUGAGGAAGAACGAGGCCCCGGGCGGGUUGGGUCGAGACCCUGACAGACAUCCAGCGAGCGAGAGAGAGAGAGAGAGAGAGAGAGAGAGAGAGAGAGAGAGAGAGAGAGAGAGAGAGAGAGAGAAGCGAAGAGAGGUCAGGCGAUUGCAUGGUGAGUGGGUGGAAAGCGCAAUUGAGAGGCGUCUGUCCAAUUUGAUGGGAAGGGCCGAAUUGGCCGUGCAAAGAAGGCGGAUCGAGGAUCGUCCCGGUGUCAUGGGAAGGGUUUAAGCUGGCAUGCGCAAGAUCAAUGGGUGUGUGAUGAGACUGGAGAGGGUUUAGUGGCGUCAUGACAGGUCGAGGGUUUAUCAGACAAAGAUCCAUGGCCUCACAGUUGAUAAUUGAGACGUCUAGGACAACAGGUUGCUAUGUCGGAGUAGAACAUGGGUUUCUGCUGGGCUCAGCUGCCGAAUCAGGAGUUGACCACCAUCCACAGAUUAAGUUGAUACCCGCUGGAAAAGCACGCGAAUUGUAGAGAGGCACCGUAAACAGUCGAUUAAAGGAUUGAUCAAGAGGUAUUUUGGUCGCGUAGGCGACAUUUGGAUGAGACGCCGGUCAGGACAGGCUGUAUCCAGUUACAAUCUCAAAUCGCCUGGAGCCUUCAAGAACGUACAUCAUGAAUCAGGAGAGAACUUGUGAAGGAGCUUCUUAGUAAAGGGACACUGCGGAUUUGAUUCUUCGCGGAGUUUGAAAUUUAGAUUACAGAAUUCGUGAAAUUUUGGAAAUCUCCAGAAGGUAAUGUAGGAGGAUGGAGGCUCGAAGUCGACGAGUUGGGGGUGGAUUUCCAGGUUACAAUGGCCCUGCCCUGCCUCGUGCUAUGCGCUCCUCCAGGGGACGUGGAGAAGCGGCUAGAAAGGCAACUGUGUGCGGAGGGAGAGCUGGAUUUUUUGAGCUACUUGCCACUGUAGCAGGGCAAAUUUUACAGGAUGAUAGCAAUGGGGAGGAGCAAGAUUUGUCAAAUAUAUCUGGCGUGAAGCUAAAGUGUUCAGAACUGAAGGAAAAGGAUUCAGAGUCGUAUGCCAGGAUCUCUCUUGCGAAGAAAACGCUAUGUGAGCCAUCCUCAAUUGCAGCUUCAUGCUUGAACUCAUUGCGAGCAGGCAUUAGAGAUGAGGAAGCGAGGAAGCACUUCGGUUUAGAAAAAGAAGAGGAUGAAUCCGCCGAAUCAGCUCACAUGGUAGUCAACAGAUCGUACGUUUCUUGCUCAUCUCCAGAAACACGAAAUCAGACCCUGCUUGGGUCCGACAAGGUAGUCACUGCAAGGAGUGAUUGCGUAACAGUAAGUACUCCAGAGCAAAAGGUUCCUGAAGGUAACAAACAGAUGGCCGUAUCUGUUUCUGAUAAUGACGAAAACCAGACAAUCAAAUCUGAUCCCGAGUCUAGUCUCUCCUCGGCGAUUAAAGAUGCUUCAGAUUCUGAUGAAAUGCAUCUAGAAACUAGAGAACCUGUUGAACGGCUGCAAAUUCCCAAGAUUGAAGACCUGGAAGAUGGGGACCACUUGGAUGACCGGAAGGAGCGUAAGUUUAGCAUUCGAGGUAAUGAACAGCUUAUUGACAUGGAAAUUGAUCUGCCUAAGGCUUCUGUGAUGGAAGGAAGCAUGCUUUACGAAGGUCAUGAUCCUGUGUCGAGUACUGCAUCGGAGGCGACUAAACCGGAACCCUCUUCUGGUGAAGUCACGCAUCUACAUAGUUGCUUGGCUUCCAGAGAGGAAGACGCAUUGCUUAGAGACGUGGUUAGGAGUUCGAAACGUAUCAUUGACGACACCGCGAGGAGUCCGGGUGACAAGAAACCAUGGAAACGCACAGAUCCUUGUGGUAAAGAGGAUGAGGGCGAAUCAGGUGUCGAAGUCGAUGAUAAGAGCAUUUUUGAAACCAGAAAACCAUUGAAAGUCACGGAUGUGAUUCUAGGUAGAUUAGUUGCUGAAAAAGUUGGAGUAGAACGUGGAUUUGUAAGUGAGCAGAUUUUGGAAAGUAGCAGGGAGAGAAUUCUCUCCAAAGACAACAAUAACUGUUCUUCGAAGCGGAAUCUGCCUGAGAAUGUCUCACAGAAGCUGAAGGACUCUUACGCCAAGGGUAUGAGAGCAAGAAAAGUUGUAAAGAUGGUUAAGCGCAGCCGUGUUUCAAAUUCCCGGAGCAAGAGAAAGCACGCCGAGAUGGAAGCUGCAGCAGAUUCAGACGAGGCGCAAGGGAAGAAGGCGUACUAUAGAGGUCUGUCGUACACUCGACAACGGACAUCCAGAGGACUGCCAGCUAAACGAAAGCGGAUGGCUGAUGGUGCACCGUCAAGCUCUCCAGAGUUGCAUGUGAACACCAGUGAUCUAAUGGAGCUUGGUUUUGAUUGCGCGGAAGGGGAGCCACCUGCAGCGGCAGCUAAAUUAAGAAGUGAUAAACACAAUGGAAAAGGCGAGCACGUAGGAGGAAUUGAUCAGGCGCGGAAUGCUUUUGUGGAAUCUGCAUGUACAGCUAAAGCUGCGAGUGUUGCAACUUCUCCAACAGCCAAGGGUUCGGCGAAGUUAUCGAAGAAGUCAAAUGAACCUCAUGUCAAGCUCACCAUCAAAUCUUUCACAGUUCCAGAAUUAUCUGUCGAUCUACCCGAAUCAGCAACAGUAUCCAGCCUCAAGCGAGCUGUGAUGGAUGCGGCGAUGAAUCUUCUAGGUGGGGGUUUGAGGGUUCGAGUGCUUCUCCAAGGCAAAAAGGUUCCCGAUGAAGGCGCAACUUUGGCUCAAGUUGGUAUUUCUCGUAGUGUCAAGCCAGAUUCAUUGGGUUUCAUGCUGGAGCCGAGUCCUUUGCCUACGUCACCCACAUCAACGUCCGAAGAUCCUCUCCUCGUUCUGUCUCGCGCUGCUGGUCAGCCAUCUCCACGAUUCAACGGAUUUGGAUCUCCAGGCAUGCCUAGUGCUGCUGAGCUGGGAAGUCGGUGUCCACAAAAGACACGAUCAAAUAAGGGUACCGGAGGACCAGUUGAUGGAGAGGCAUACACUGCACCAGUGUCAGGAGAUCACAAUGAAGCUAAGAGAUCAGGGAUGACAUUCCAAGGUCCACAAGAGGAUGCCCUUAAAGGAUGCCCUGUCAGCAAGCCCAAGUCAGGCUUAAAUGAACGAAUGUCAUUAUCACCCCACUCAACGAGGGUUGCAGCUGCCGGAGCUUUGGCAGCUAUAAGAGCACAGGCUGAUGCAAGUCGUCGGUCUGCAAAGAACGAAUCUGAUUCAGCAACUCCUGCUUCUCAUACGCUUGCUCAUGAAACAAUGGUUCCCGGUUCGGGAGCUAUUAUUCUACACCCUGGCAUGAAUGUGGGUGAGAAUAUGCAGGGCUUAGCACUUGUUCCUGUACGACAGAAGUCGCAUUCUAUGGACGUAGGUAAACGCCGUGUUCGUAGACCUUUUAGUGUGAGUGAGGUGGAGGCUCUGGUACACGCCGUGGAGAAGCUUGGAACUGGCAGAUGGCGCGAUGUUAAAUUGCGAGCAUUUGAUCAGGCCAAGCACCGUACAUAUGUCGAUCUGAAGGACAAAUGGAAGACACUCGUCCACACAGCACGUAUAGCACCCCACCAGCGACGAGGGGAGCCCGUCCCACAGGAACUUUUGGAACGUGUCACCCACGCCCACACUUACUGGACGGCACAGGCAGCUAAGCAGCAAGCAGAACUUGACUAUUGAUGAGGUUUUGGGACCAGCUUGCAGGUUGUAGAUUGCAGAAGUAAGCAAUUCUUGGGUUCCCUGUGGAGUGGGUUGUAAAGUGUAAUUUUUCUUUCACUUUUUUUUUUUUUCCUCCUUUCCUUUCUUAGUUCGCCCCUUAAACUUAGAAUUCGUGGGCUCAUUUGCAUGUGACUGUACCAUUCAUUUAUCCUUUUGAGGCUAGUCAGGUAGCUACGUUGUUCAUUCUAUUCUUCAUAGAGAGACAGAGAGGGAGAGGGAGGGUGCUGAACCUGAGGGUUACCACGCUUGCUUACUGUCAGCUACGGCCUAUCAGCAAGCAAGGUGAAUGUGAGGCAGCACUAUCUAUAGUGGGUGCUUUAUCCAUGUAGUCCUAAACAUGGGCAAGUGCAGAAUGUGCCUCAACAGCGAAACCGUAGAUUGACGCACAUUUGUGUGUCUUGGAAACGAUGUAAAUCUGAUAUACGCCAGCAACAUAACUUAGGGCAAUUGUAACUUAACUUAGUUUGGGCGGUACUUGUGACACACCAAAUUUGUCAAUAUCCCCGCUGCGAAGGCACGAAAGGAGCUGAUGAGUAUCUUAAAGAGAUAAGAGCUUGUCCAUGACUUUGUGCAGUAAAAUGCCUUGCACGCCUGUAUAGGGGUUCAAACACCCUCGUUUUCAUUAUUAUCCAUCCAUCAAUUCAUUUCUUUUGUCUUCAUUUUUUCUAGUGUUGUAGGUUGUAGUUUAAAAGUAAGUCGGAGUGGCUCUGGGACUCAAUAUGAGAGUCUCGGACAGACAUCUGAUUAUUCUCCUGUUUUUGUGGAGAAGGAAUAAACUGUUUACUUUUUACU